AGUAGAAAUGAGUGGUGUGCGCAGGGAGAUCAACACAUUUAAAGUUUAAACGCAUGCUUGGGAUCAUUACUUCGCCUCGACUCUGUUCAAUUUGUUUUUUUAUUGUUUUGGCUUGGAGCAGUCAAUACUUUCUGGCCCUACACUAUUUUGUUGUCAAGGCGACGAUUGAUGAGCUCACUGAAACGAUCAAUAUCGACAUCUUCGGCGUCCGGAGCGCCCAAGCGCACGCGAACCCAACCAGAAGCGUCAACCUCCGCGUCUACAGAGCCUGAAGAUGUAGACGAGGAUGAGCUGAUGGAGCAAGAUCUCCCCGGUUCGGCACCGAAGAUCGCGCGAAGGAAUAAACUACGAGAGGUCCAGGCUUACGCAUCAGAUUCAUCUGAGGACGAGUUUUUCAGUUCGGCGAGGAAAUCGCGCGCAGAGUCGUCAGGUAAGAAAGACGAGGAUGGCGGUGCGGAAGACGACGACGACGACGAUAUGUUUGGCGGUGACUCGCCUAAAGAGAGCGGAGGAAAGGGAGCCGGUCGGGGCGAAGAAGCAGGCGGAGGCGGUGAGAGCUCGGACGAGGAUGAUAUCGAUGGAGUUUCGAAGCGGUCUCGGAGAGUGCGGUUUCUUGAUAUCUCUCAGAUCGAAGGACAGGAGAGUGCGGACCAGGAUGUCGUCGAUGCUGAGGAGGCGAAUGCUGAGUUUGAGAAUUUUGUGAAAAGCAGGGCGUCGGCCACUGGGCUUGAGGGCAAAGGAAAGGAACCGGCUCGUGAUAUGAUGGAUCUGGAUAAUGAGGACGACAACAACGAAAAUCAAGAAGACGAAGAGCUCGAUCCUGAGAUCGGCCUAACAGGAUCGAGAAAACAUGCUCCGAAAGUCGAAGCGUUCAACAUGCGAGCAGAUCUUGAAGACGGCGCUUUCGACGAAGACGGAAACUACAUUCGAACCACGAGCGCGACCGACGAAAAAGCAGAGGAAGCACACGACGCGUGGAUGACAGGGCUAUCAUCGAACGAGAUCAAGGCUGCAAAAGCAGCAGACGAUGCGAGGCGUGAGCGCGAGAGGCAGAAUGAACUGCAAAGUCUACGUGAACAGGAGGAAGUCACUGCUGCUGAGCAUAUGGCCAAGCUCAUGGAGCAGCUGGAGGUUGCAGAGACGCCUUUUGAGGCGCUGGCGAGGUUGGGGCCUGGUAAGAAAGUCAAGAAAAAUAGGAACCGUCGGAAGGCUGCUGCUGCUUCUUCUGGGGAGACGGCAGAGGAAGCCGAAAAAGAACGCGCGCGGAAGACAAGUGUUGAGGCGAUAUCAGAUGCAGCGGACAAGCUUCUGAAUCGGGGUAUGAAGGAUGUAUACGAAAUGAGUCGUGAACAGCUGGCUAGAGCUUACGCGAGAGAUACCGGUGAACAGUGGCGACCACCAAGGAGGAAUAGUGAGAGUGAUUAGUUCCAGGAGAUCUGUUCUAUUGUAUUUUUAGUGAUCUUUGUGAGAGAUUUCGUUUGUGUAAAUGCUUGAUGUCUGUAAUCUUGAGGAUGUGCAUGGUAUGGAUGAUUUAUAUUCGAAGGAUAACAAAAGCUGAUUAAAUGAGCUGAUACCAUAUUUACUUUCGGAAGUCAGAGAAGACAACCACAAAAAAUAGUAGUUAAGAGAAUAAAUAAAGAAAUGGAAGGGAGUGGUGGCCUGGUGCC